AUGUCACCCGCACAGAUAACCGUCUGGACCGAGUUCCAAGUUCCACACGGUGAGGAGCUCAAUAUCACCGAAUGGAACCAACUCUUUCAGCCAUUGGUCCAGGCUGCAGGUCAUGUCGAAUCUGUAUGGGCAAGGAUUCUGGAGCGGCCGGACAUAGUCCUCCUGGCCUCACUAUGGAAGACUGCCUCUGCUCUUAGAGGAUUCACAGCCUCACUCUCUGCCCAACUCCACUGGGAAAGUCUUGCGGCUCGAGCAAUAGUACCCCUAGGGUCCCAUGAGUUUGAUCCCCGAGGCCAUAUCCCGGUUUGGUUUGACUAUCUGAGAAGUUCAUACGUUCAAUUAUUCUGGGUCUACCUUCCGGCACCAGUGACUCGAGACAAGCAGUCUGAGAUCUUGCAAUUACCAGGCAUUGUCCCAGCAGCCUUUGGUCCUGGUGUGCCCCGGACGAUGUUAUUUCAAAAGCGAAGACCCAUGCAGAUAUGGGCGCAUGAAACAGAAACUUUGCACGGUAAAGAAGUGCAGUUAAUGCUAUGGCCUCAUUUUUGGCAAAGUGCAGAGAAAGCCAAGAUUUAUCGGGAUUUUCACAUAGACAUCAUAGUGCAUCAUGUUGUCGUUGGCCGUAGAACCAUUACCGAGGACUUCCAGGCCAAACUGGAAGCCUUAGGUCCAACGGAAUGGAGGGAAGGGCACUGCGGGUCAAGCGGUGGUGGCGGGGGAUCCGGCAGCGGCAGUGGCUCUUCUGAGGGCGACAACGAGGACUGCAGCACACAAACGGCGCGCGUCUGCUCCACAGCCUGCAUUGCGGGCUCCGGGUGUGACUUUGCCUGCUCAACCACUACUGGGUGCUCUGAAACGCCGUCAAGCAGCAAAACCGUCGGUACACCACCGCCGGGCGUUGGCGUCACCCUAGAGCAGUGGCCAGUCAUGACGGAUAAUCCGGCAGCCUUUGAAAGCAUUGCUAGUUCCCUGGAUUCCGUUCUAUCCUCACUUUAUGGGCCGCUGACUGUCUUUGAUGAGACAACAACGGAGCCAACAACCACCACCACGAGUCCAGCCACUGUGACCAGCGAUGGCCCCCACUUUUGGGUCUACGCCUACUGGGAAGCCGACUGCAGUGGAAUGAGCGAUAAGACAGAAUGGUUCGGCUCUCGUUCAAUUGGGCUGUGUUACCUGGACUGGUAA